GCAGUCCGUUGCACAUUUACUCACUCUGAACUUCCGACCCUCCACUUUGAUCCCCUGCGCUCUCUCAUUGCCGCCACGACUGCACAGCAUUUACCACGCACCGCAUCAGAACCAUGGAUAGCUCAGGAGUGCUGCUCCGACUGCUGUGUAUCGGUCUGAUGUCCGUUAUGUGCCGAGGACAGGCGUCACAUGAAGUUUCCGCAGAGGACUUUGGCGCGCAGAACUCUGCCGCGGCCGCAGAGAAAGAACUUGUGGAUGCGAUGGAGGCUCUUCUAGUGAAGAUGCAGAGCCAUCUGCCUUCUAAUGAGAAGAGAGGGAUGAUCCCUCCUUGUGGUAUGGGCGACCGGUGUGCCUUGAGGCAUGGACCCCGCAUUGGGAAGCUCUGUGACUGUGGCAGAGUCAGCAGCUGCAACUCCUUCCUCCUCAAAUGUCUCUAAACUCCCUCAAGGAGAAACACUUCACUAGAACCACCACAUCCAACGCUCCAGCCAAGACAGAGGAAUAUCAUUAUCAACUUGUAUCAUCACCUGUAUCCCAAAUGAUACCCUAUUCCCACUACUUUAGACCAUGUCCCCAAGGGCUCGGGUCAAUAUUAUUGCAAUAUUUAGGGAAUAUGGGGAGUUUGCGACAAACCACUGUGUCCACAACCGCAAGGGA